GCUGCAGCAUCACAGGAUAAAUACUCAGUGUGAGAAGCUGUUUGUUUUUUUUUAAGGUGAGGAGAGGAGGACGCUGUAACCCAGCCUCCCCCUCCCUCUUCUCCCACAGCACGUAGUCUGGUUGAUUUCACUUUUCAUUUCACACACACCCCUCCUCCCUGAUCCACCCUGCCAUCCCGGAGACUCCCCAUCCAUCCCAGCACACUGCGCUGGCACAAGCCGCUACAACACCACCGCUCCUCCAGCUCUCACACAGGCUCGUAAAGGAUCGUAUGCAGACGGUUUACACACACGUCGAGGCUGCAGAGGAGAUGUUGGGUCGUGUCUGAUGGUUUUAUUUUGCACCUGAGAAUAAGGAUGCCACAUCCAGGCACGCUCAGGCUGUGUUGAGACAGGCGCUGGAUUAAAAAGGUGAACUAGAGGCAGCACACACAGGACUGGACCACAAACAGAGGCUUCAUCUUUGCUGUCAGCAUGGCUGUGAACAUGAUGCCAGCUCCCGCCAUUUGGCCGGGAGAGGAACAACCGUCGCUGCUGGACCAAGAGGACACUCUGUCGAGCCAAGCUCCGAUCUCUGUGCCAUGCCCACCAGUCAGAGGUGAACCACUCAUCCACAGCGGCAGCAGCAGCUCGGUCGGCACACAGCCUCCCCGCAGCAAAUCCAAAGGCGAGCUAGUCAUAGUCAUCAACGAGAAGCUGAAGAACAGUGUAGGUAACGGGAUCCACCCGGCGCCCGCAGAGAGCACCUCUCCAGUCAUCUGCUCUCCUCCCAGAAGACAACACUCCAUCUCUUACCCCCAUCACGGCAAGACCAGGAAGGGAAGCAGGGCGAGCUCUAUCGGCUACACCGCCUUCUCGCCCCGGCCGUCGCUUUCUCGCCACUCCAGCAUCGCCACCAACCCACCCUUGGACCGGACCAAGGUCAAAGACUACCUCCUUCUGUCCGUGCUGGCCUGCUUCUGCCCUGUGUGGCCCAUCAACAUUGUGGGAUUUGUCUACUCCAUCAUGUCCAAGAACAGCCUCGAGCAGGGAAAUCUGGACGGCGCUGUGCGUCUGGGACGUGUCGCCAAGAUGCUUUCCAUGGUGUCGCUAGUAGGAGGGACGGUCAUUAUCAUCGCCUGCAUUGUCAACCUGGCCAUAAAUGUGAAAACCUGAGUUUCAUCCCAGGAUGAAACUGGAUAAGGCAACUGACCGUCUGGCCCACACCUACACCACCGUCUUUACCGCCUAGUCAUUACCUGGAUGUGUGACAAAUAUGCACCCGAUAUACAGUGCUUACUUGUAUUUCUGUAAUCUAUAUAAAUCCCUUUUUGCUAAUGGAAGAAAAUAAAAUAUGCAAAUGCUGCUGCUCUGGGGUUGGGGUGGGGGUGGGGGUGUCUGUUAGAUGGAGAAGGGGAGUAGACAAUCUAAAUCAGCCCCUUCGUAUUCUGGUCAACACAUUCAGGACGAUUCUUGAGACACUCUUCGAGAAUCAGCCGUAGCUGACAUGGUGGACUAGAAAAUGGAGAGACCAGUGUAGGUGGUUACAGAACGCGAAACAGGAAGGAUUGCCUCCCCAGCUUCAGCGCCACAUGCAACAAAAUGUCCGCCAAAGUCCAUCCUUCACUACACCCGACGACAGGACGCCAUCAGAGCUUCAGCUUGCCAUUAAAUCCCCUCGGACAUGUUGGGAGGCUGUGGGAUUUGUGGUUACAAUGAAAUCAGAGAGCAGAAAUUCAUCCAACGCCCUCACAGAGAAGAAACACUUUGAAUCACAGUGUGUCCUCUUGUUUCUGACUCCUCUCUGUGGCUCUCAUGAUUCCCGCCCGCCCCAUACAUCUUGUGUGUGAGAGUGAGUGUACGGGUGGCAAAAGAGGAUGAAAAAGAGGCUUACCCAGGGACAAGCUAUGGGUGCUAAACUGGAAGGGAUUAUGGGAAGUCUCACACAGAAGGCACCGUCAUCACUGCAAGAAAAAAUAUGUGCCAAAAAAAAAAAAAAAUUGAGGGAAAGUUUCUUGCUUUGUAAAGACCCAACUCUGAUUACAGAACUGUUGUAGAGAGAAAACCUGUUUCUUUUCCUUUUCUUUUUUUACUCUGCUGCAACGUUACUGUCUAUCCACUCGACACCACUGAUCACUGUGAGCCGGGGGAAGGGUACAUGUUCACAAAAAUCACUGUAGCAAGACACUGUAAAGCUAAUUAUGCUACAUCACCUAUAACCUAUCUUUUUGAUAAUGUUUGUAAAAGAUGAUUUUGAAACUGAAUUUCAUAAUGUGAUGCUCUUGAAGUGCUGUGCCGCAGUUGACAGGUGGUGGUAGUAUUGUAUGUGUGUAUGGGCAUCACUAUUUGGUUAACAAAUUAAAUAGCUUGUUAUUGCAGUCAAAGUUGGUGGCUGCAGGCUCAGUCUGCACCCACAGGUAGCCUGUACUAUCAAACCAGACAGAUUGUGGGUUUUUUUUGUCCUUUGAAAAGAACCCUAAAACAGCAAUUAACACAUUAAUUAUACCUUUUUAUUUUGUUGAAUGCUGUCUUUCAUUUUUGCAAAACACUGGUUUAAAUAUUGUUUCAUGGGUGUGAGAUUUAGAUAGCAGUACUGUGGAGAAACACUUUAAAAAUCUAGUUUAUUAUUUAUUUUUUUUAUUGUUAUUAUAUCUCCUGUGUAUCCUGAACUAACCUCUAAUCUACCUGUGAAUCUCACUGUGAUCUGAAACAACUGGGUUUCAAGAAACUCCUUAUUUAUACCCUGGAUUUUGAAUCAUGUACAGAAACUCUCCGACUUCCCAUCAUGAGUUCACACCUGCAGAUUCUGUAAUGAUUAUUUUUGUCCCUCUGUUAGCACUUAAUAUGUAAAUUUAAUUGUAAUCAACAGUUGAUGUACUCUGCAGAUAUAAAUCUCAAUAUUGUGAUAUGAGUUAGCAUUACGUAGUUAUGAUCUAACGUAGGCACAGAAGCUGACAGUCCUCGUGUUUCCACCGGGCUUCUAUAAUCUUUGUGAUUAAUGGCAUGUUGUGGAUUUUUAUUCAUGUAUGAUGAUAGAAGUUUAAAAAAUAAUACAAAGAUAAGCUGGCACUUGGAAUAUUAUACUUCUGCAGCACAUUCAUAAUAAAGACACAAUGCAU